GUUGUAGCGGCUUGGCUCUCGUUUCCACGUCGCGGCAGCGCGGAGGCAGAGCGCGCGCGCAUUCGGGAGGGAGUCUGGUCGCGUGAGCCAUUGGGGUUCCCGCAUAACGGGAACAGACAACAAAACACGCAGGCGGACGGACCGGGAAAUAGGCAAGUGAUCUUCAAAAACAAAAACAAAAAACACAAAUCCAGCGACGAAACAAGUUUUUAACAUUUCCAAGUGUUCGUGAUUUAUUUAUUUAUUUAUUUGCUUUAUUUAUUUAUUUUUAUCGAUUGAUUGCGUUUUAAUUAGCGGAGUGUGACAGACCGGUGGUGGGAGGGGCGAAGCGCCGGCGAGCACAUUAUGUUGCCUUAUUAUUGACGUUUAUAUACAAAUAGAUUAAACAACAACAAAAACACUUAAUGUGACGAAUUUCGACUAGAUCCGGCUGUGCGACUUAGUGAAUGUGGAAGCGAUUGUUUAGCAUGUAGCUGUUGGAGAAAAGCGGAUCCAUAGCUAAAGACCAAAUAAACGAACCAAAAGAACAAAUGCACCAAAUAUCAGAAUAAACCCAAGAAGCACUGUUUUAUUUUUUGCUAUAGUGUCAGGACGUGAGCGCUUUUCUCCUAACAGAAAUCAAUGCCGAUUUCUCCGUUUAUUCUGUUUUAUAGCCAAAGUAAAGGCACGAGCGAGGGAGGGAAAGAAGCGAGCCUGCGCGUAAUAUUCACUGUCAGAUCUCAACAAAGGGAUUUAGAAAAUAUCCUCAUGAAAAGAAAUUAGUUUUGCAGAGAGAUUUUCAAAACAUUAGGCUCUAAACCGCAGCUUGGCUUGAGCAGGUGUAGCGCUGUAGCAUCAGUGAGGAUAUCAGUGAUAUGAGUGUACAGCCUAGUCUGUCCGCCUGUGUGUGGGUUUGUGUCUGAGCAGCUUCUGCUGUUGUCUCUAGGCUUAUUAUACAGUUCAAAAGUGAAUGUACACAGAAUAAAAAUGAAAACGUGAUCGGUCAGCAUGCCAGUGAGCGCCACACCGAGUUACUAUCACUGAUAAAACUUGGUGUACAAUGCCAAAGAGAUCCCGAACACAGCCAAAGCCGAACACGACCGAGCACGAGGUGAAGAGCUACACAUCCGAUCUCAGCUACGAAGAAGAGACCGGCGACUAGAAACAGACUGUGCUGUAAUAACGCCAAAGCAACAUAAUAAUAAUAUUAAUACCAGCAACUAGGGGAAGAAAAAAAGUCCAGAACAAAAGCCUGAAGACGAAGGAGGAUCAUGUUUGUCCCCUUGCCGCUGCCGUUCGUCUUGCCGAGAACUGCCUCCGAGCUCCGUGCCUGGCGCCUCAAGUCUCCGCCGGCUGCGCGCGCGCUCUCCGAUAUCAGAAUGUCAAAGCCAAUAGAGGUCGAAAAUCCCGAGGCAGACUCUCCGAUGGAGAAUACAGGAGAUUCAGAGAGGAACGGUUCUGACUCCAAUAAUCAGAUUCCACCAAUGAAAAUCAGCCCCUUCUCACUCUCUCCAACACUAAGUGCCAGCAACAAGGCCAAGGUGGAGGAGUGUGGAGAGAUGUCUCCAGCUUCAGUUCAGGCCACACCCACUCAAACACCCCUCCCACACACACAGCUGAUGCUGACAGGAAGCCAGCUGGCAGGAUUCUUUUUCCUUACCCAAGGAUUUCUCUUUUUCUCUUCCUCUGCACUCUCUCUUCCUCUGCUCCGGACUUCCUUCUUGCCCUUUACCGUCUCGCUCCAGCUGACUGCUCUCUUGCCCGCUCAGCAGCAGUUGCUCCUCCAGCAAGCGCAGCUCCUGGCUGCAGCCGUGCAGCAGUCACAGGCAGCUCACGCAGCCAAUCAGCAGCAAACGCAGCAGCAGCAACAGCAGCAGGCCAAUCAGCAGGCAGCUCUGCCCCAGCUGCAGGGCCAAUCGAAGAGUGCUCAGGAGCAAAGUGCAGCUCCUGUCCUGCCCCCUCCUCACCAGCUUACCCUAUCUCAACCAAUCCAGCUCACUGCCCAGGACAUCCAGCAACUGUUGCAGCUGCAGCAGUUGGUCCUCGUCCCAGGGCAUCCUUUGCCCUCGCCUGCACAGUUCCUUUUGCCACAGGCACAGCAAGGGCAGCAAGGGCUGCUACCGACACCAAAUUUGAUUCCACUACCUCAGCAAAACCAGGGGGGUCUCCUCACUGCUCCUCCUGCACUCGGUCUUCAAGCACAGCAUAGAGAAAAGGUCAUGGAAAGCAGUGUCAGUACGGUGAACCCUGUGACCUCUCAUGCCGAGGAGCCAAGUGACCUGGAAGAGCUCGAACAGUUUGCCCGCACCUUUAAACAGAGAAGAAUCAAACUUGGAUUCACACAGGGUGAUGUGGGACUGGCUAUGGGCAAGCUGUAUGGAAACGACUUCAGUCAGACCACCAUUUCCCGCUUUGAGGCUCUCAAUCUCAGCUUUAAGAACAUGUGCAAACUCAAACCUCUCCUGGAGAAAUGGCUCACUGAUGCCGAGACCAUGUCAAUGGACAGUACCUUGCCAAGUCCCAGCUCUUUGUCCUCACCAUCCCUGGGCUUUGAGGGCCUGCCAGUCCGCCGCCGCAAGAAACGCACCAGCAUCGAGACCAACGUGCGCGUGGCUUUGGAACGCAGCUUCAGCACGAACCAGAAGCCUACCUCAGAGGAGAUUCUACUCAUCGCUGAGCAGCUCAACAUGGAGAAGGAGGUGAUCCGCGUCUGGUUCUGCAACCGCCGACAGAAAGAGAAACGUAUUAACCCCUCCAGCGCCACCCCUCCCCUGCCCAGCCAACCCCAGCCUGCCACACACAAACCCCCCUGCUACAGCCCGCACAUGAUCCAAGGUCAGGGACCUUCCCAACCCGUUACCAGUCUCAGCACAGCAGCAACCACCAUGUCCUCAGUUUGUCCUUUGACCCCCACUGGUCCCUCUUCAAGCUCCACCCCUUCACCUGUGACUCCGUCUCCUCGCAGCGACGCCAGCCCUGUUCCUGCCACUCACACAUUAAAUCUGAACACAGGUUCGUGGCGUAACAAGAACGGUGACGUUUCUAACUACAUCACCGAUUUUGCUGCAAAUCUGAGGAAUACGGUGAUUGGAGUUAACACAGGAAUGAACCAAGCCCUGCGUGGCAGCAACCCAAUCGCCACAAUUCAAGCUCUGGCAGCCAGUGGUGGUCAAACCACCAUUUCCAGUCUUGAAGGUGGCAGCAAGGUGCUGAUUGGUGGUUCUGGAGGACAAAGGUCAGGACUCCCUUCUUCCCUCUUCCUUAACCACCCUUCACUGCUGCCCAUGGCAGCAGGCACAGCUCUGGGAUUGGGCAACUCGAUCGUUUCCAAAUCCGGCAGGCCUCUAUUCCCGGAUGGCAUGAGUCCCUCCCCCUGCUCAAGCCCUGACUCUUCCUGCUCUUCCAGCGACUUGCUACACAGCCCACACGAUCUGGGGAGCGGCCAAGAUUGAGUGACACUUCCAGGAAACCAAUCACAGGACCUGGAGGAGGAACUGAAACCUCCCAUCACAACCAAAGCAUCUCUGUCUCUCUUUCGUCCUUCGUCUUUUUUUUUUGGUCUUUCAUUCUUUCUCUCUUGCUCUCUCCCGCUCUCCUGAUGCCAAAAAUACACAAAGUGGAAGAGGGGAGAGAUGAAGAGACAGAGGUGAAGACGAGACGGAGCGAAGAGGAGAGAUUUACAUGUAAACCAAAAAUUCACAUGGAGAUCUAGUGGUCGACUGAGCGCAGCCACUACUCCGCCGUUGUUGUUUUAUUUUCUCUCUCUCUCUCUCUCUGUUUCUCUGGAGAGUGUAAAGAAAUAAAAGAAAGGACAAUAGACAUUGGUUUAAGAACUGCAGGAACCAGAGGAAAGAGCUGAUUAUUAAUGAGCCAAAAAUAGCAAAACUUUUAUUUGUUGCAGAAUGGCAGUCAGACUUCAGCUCUGACCAGUCUGGAGAACUUUAAACCAAAAAAAAAAAAAAAAAAUGAUAGAGGUGAACUUUAAAAGACUCACAGUGACAAAAAAAAGACAACCAUACCAAAAACCCAUAUACCAAAAAAUAACCAAAACCAAAAAUACGGAAGGAAAAGCUUUAUCCCGUGGACCUGUAAAUAGUCCAGCGUCCAGCACCAGACCCACACCAACGAUCCAGCAACCUCCCACUCCAUCAUUUCAUCCGACAUUCUCUCAUUCUGUCUGUCUAUGUGUUUUUUUUAAUUCGUUACUGUUUAUUAAUUAGCGAAGAGGUGAAUCUCUAAGUAUUAGCUGUGUAUUGCUGUGCAACAGUGAAUGAGCAAAGCUCAGAAGUGUCAAUGUUUUUUGACUAGAAGUCUAGAUAUGUACAAAUUUCUCCCUCUUUCUACCUCUUUAUCAGGUUUUCUUCUGUCUAGCUUUAGUUUCUGUUUACCAUUCAGAAAUAUCCAUAUGUGAGUAGGCUUUUGUUUUUGUUUCGUUUCGUUGUUUAACCAUCAUCACUGUCAUGUCAUCAUUUCAGCUUCAUGUCUAUCACACGUGUUGGGGAAUGUCAUGAAAUUCAGAUGUAUUUAAUACAAGGUCAGCUGGUGUUUCUGCAUGUUUUAAGUCACUGUGUCUCACAUUCACAUGUUCAUUCUGUCUUAUCUCCAUUAAAAAAAAACACUUUGAAUCCAUUAUCCCCAUUUUUCACCUCCUUCAUACUUGCUCCUUGUUGGAUACCAAAGUGACUCGUCAUGGGUCUCUCACUGCGAUGCAGACGGAGAGCGGAAACUCCCUUCCCUCAGAUGCACUCCCACCUCCCAUACACACACACACACAUUCUUACAUACACACACAUACAUUUACACACACACACACACACACACACACAUAUAUAUACUUCACAGAGUGGACAUCACAACGCUGGGGGAACUUUUGAGGAACGGGCGUUUCCAUUAUCCCUGGCACUUCAUGUACGAAGUGAACAAAAAAAAAAAAAAAAACUUUUCAGCCAACCAUAAUUCCAGAGAUUCACAGAAGCAAACCAAAAAAGUUUCCAAGCCAAAAAUGGAAGGAGUUGAGGAAGAGGAGACAAGAAAAAAAAAUGAGAAGAUCUCUUUUUAUCCCUCCAUCCAUGUGUGAGAGAAAGUCAGGGAUGAUGUCAGGGGUAGAUGAUUACAACAUGGAUGGAUGGAUGGAUAGAUGGAUUCAUGGAUGAGUACAGAUGGUUCCACGCUUUUCUUCCUCCUGUCACUCGAACCCUUCCUGGUCCUUGGGACGGGAGCUUUGAUGACCUCACUGAAGUUAAAGAGAUGUGGCUGGUUUCUUUUGGGUUUGGGAAGGAUGUUCUUUUUCUUCCUUUGGCUCUUUUAUUUCUUUCUGUCUGUCUGGUUUGUGGGAAUUUUUCUCUUCUACGUGUGUAGCUGCUGUUCCUUUGGUUUUUGCGUGCUAUGGUUUUUUUUUUUUUGG